CGCCGAGAUUGUUCAUAAAGAGGUUCUUUGCUGCUGCUGUGAGGACAUCAGAAAAGGUGAAACAUGCAGGGAAACAGAGGGUACAGGAUGGAACAGCAGAAUCAUACACCCCGGAGACAGCAGCAACAACAACAACACCACCAGCAGCAGCAGCCAGAAACCACUUCACCCACCAAUGGACAGCAGGCUACUAGCCCCAAUGAAGGUGUCACAAUUGAUCUGAAGAAUUUCCGUAAACCUAGUGAAAAGACUUUCACUCAAAGAAGCCGCUUGUUUGUGGGUAAUCUCCCAUCGGAUGUUACUGAGGAAGAAAUGCGUAAAUUGUUUGAAAAAUUUGGCAAGGCAGGAGAGAUCUUUAUCCACAAGGACAAAGGUUUUGGAUUCAUUAGACUGGAAACACGUACACUGGCAGAGAUAGCCAAAGCAGAGCUGGAUAACCUGCCUCUACGUGGGAAGCAAUUACGUGUGAGGUUUGCCUGCCAUAGUGCUGCACUGUCUGUUAAGAACAUCCCUCAGUUUGUGUCAAAUGAGCUGCUUGAGGAGGCCUUCUCCAUGUUUGGUCAAGUUGAGAGGGCAGUAGUAAUUGUUGAUGACCGUGGACGGUCCACCGGAAAAGGAAUUGUGGAGUUUGCAUCAAAGCCAUCUGCGCGGAAAGCUCUAGACCGCUGUAAAGACGGUGCCUAUCUUCUCACUGCGUUUCCUCGUCCUAUAACCGUAGAGCCCAUGGACCAACUUGAUGACGAGGAGGGUUUGCCUGACAAACUGCUAGUCAAGAAUCAGAUGUGUCACAAGGAGAGAGAGCAACCUCCUCGCUUUGCUCAGCCUGGUUCUUUUGAAUACGAAUAUGCAAUGCGCUGGAAAGCCCUUAUUGAUAUGGAGAAACAACAGCAACAGCAAGUGGAUCGGAACAUAAAGGAAGCCCAAGAGAAGAUGGAAAUCGAAAUGGAAGCAGCAAGACAUGAGCACCAGGUUAUGCUUAUGCGUCAAGAUCUAAUGAGACGUCAGGAAGAGCUCCACCGAAUGGAAGAACUACACAAUCAAGAAAUCCAGAAACGCAAGCAAAUCGAGAUCAGACAUGAGGAGGAGCGCAGGAGGCGUGAGGAAGAGACCCGCCGACAACAAGAGGAGAUGUUGAGACGUCAGCAAGAAGGUUUCAAAAAUAGCUACCCUGAUGCUAGGGAAGCUGACUUACGAAUGGCACAGAUGGCAAUGCCAGGCGCAAUGGGAUUGAAUAAUAGGGCUUCGCUGGGCAACAGUAAUGUUGCAAGUGGUGCUGCGGCUACCCCUGGACCUGGUGCAAUGAUGCCUGAAGCAGCAGCAAUUGGAAUGACAUCCCCUCCAAACGACCGUUUUGGGCAAGCCCCCAACAUAGAAGGUCUUGGUGGAGCCAACCCACCCGCCUUUCCCCGGGGUGCUCCAGGGGCUGAUUUUGGUCCCAACAAACGUCGGCGAUAUUAAUUUUGCGGUUUAAGGCUAGUAAGACUUUUUGUAUUGGUAGAUUUCAGGUUUGAGGUCAGUCUCUAGUGCAGAUGGACUGGUUCCAAAACUUGUUUUUUAAUUUCUUUUUUUUUUUUCCACUCUGGAAUACUGAGCAGACACAUUUCUUUUAAUGGCGCCUUUUAAAUAGAGAUGUUGAUAGUUAAUCACCCAGUCGUAGUAUACUGUCCGUUUUCUCUAUCAUGCAGCCUAAAUCUUUGUUGUAAAUUGGAAAUGUUUCUGCCCAGACUUCAGCCUGAGACCUGUUUUUAUGUGCUUUUGUAACUUUAUUAUUUUUUUUUUUUUUUUAAAUUCUAUUCUGGACCAUGCCUUUUUACGUACAUUGUAAGGCUUUUUCCUGACUGGAUUGAGGCCUGUCAGUUUGAAUAAUAUAGGGUUAUUAACCCAAUUCAUGUGUUCUCUGCUGUUGGCACACCUUCCCUUGUUUCAUGCCUAUAUUUUUUUUUUUUCUCAUCCACAAAAUGGUGGUGGGAACUUAAUGGUUCUCUGGAUAUCUAAGAUGUGGUAACAGUUGACAAAUAAAAAUGGAAUUUUAAGUCUUUUUUUUUUU